AUGGGGUUGAGUGACUGGCACGAGAAGCAAAUCGAUUUCUUUGAGGCCCACAUGGACACGGAGAUCCCUCUGUCAGCUCUGAAGGCUACAGGUGACAUCUCCUCAGGUGUGGGCUGGCUGGCCUGUUGGACGUUGAUAGCAGCCUUCCUUUUCGCAGCUGCCGUUGCGCGACUUGUGUUGCGCAAUGCACCAUCAAACAGUGGGGGCAUGCCCGGCAAGGCUGCCCUGCGGUGGCGGAAAGAAAGCGAGGAGGCAUCGCCGGCCUUCGACGGCAAUGUGCCCGAGGAUCUCUCGGAGGACUACGUAGAGAUCACCUUGGAGCGGAGAUCCCACAGCGAGCCCUGGGGCUUCGUUUGGCACGUCCAAGCCUUUGAGGCCGAGAGGUUUCUGAUCGCGGGCCUGGUGCCUAAGUCUCCGGCUGGCCGGCUCAAGGAACGUCAGGCACAAGGCCUGCGCCCGCUCCGGCGAGGUGAUGAGCUGAUGAGCGUGAAUGGCACGUGCCAGUUUCAGUCCAUGCGGCGUCAGCUGGCCCGAACAGACAGGGUUCGCCUUCAAUUCCUGAAGGCCGAUGUCGUCCUCCCCCUGGAGCAUGACAGCUGUGAUAGCCCGACCGCGGCCACGAAGUCUGGCCCAGCAGUCCCAUCACAGAACCCUCAGCGCACAGAGCCCUCGCAGGAGCGCUCGGAGCCAGCACAGGAGCUCGGGCAGCUCCCAGAACGCCAGGACUCGACCAGAAGCCCCAGCUCGCAGAGUCAGCCAAGCCAGCCAGGGCCACCAGGGCCGCCAGGGGCUGCCUUUUUGUCUCAACCACCUUUGGAGGGAGAGGUUGCAGACGUGCAGUGCUCCACUGCCUUUUGCGCUGUUGAGCAUAGCAUGCCAGCAUCUCCACCUCCCUGCAGUAGUGCAGAUUACGUCCCCGACAGCAUCCCCGACACCGUCCCUGACAGUAUCCCCCCAGCACCUGCAGUGGUUCGUGGGAGGGACACGGCUGUGAAGAGGGCCGAUGUCCCAAACUGGUGCAAGGAGAAGAGGAAGUCUCGUCGACAUGCCUCGGCAGGUGCAGAAGAAGAAGAAGGUCGAUUCUCCAGCGGGUCUUCCGGUUCGGGCUCCGAGCAGGUGUCCGGCGAAAGCAAGUGCCCCUCCACGGAUUGGGAGUAUAUGAUGGACAACCGGCCCGGUAGCUUGAUACAUGCCGACCUCCUGGCCAUGGAGCCCCUCCCUCCCAUGCCAAGGACAAAUGCCGUGCCCCAUAGCAGUGCAAGCAAUGUGGUGAUAGUGGCAGGCUCUCAAGCCAUGGCCUUACAGACUGCCAGUGCCCUGGGCACGGUUGUCGGUGGUGGAGUCCUACACAGCUCUGUGGACCUCAGGGGACAGCAGCUCCCGCUCCUAGCGCCCUCUUCCCAAGUCCCUGUUUCGGUUCCACACAUCCUCCAGGCCCCCGCAGAAGCCUCGGGCCUGCCACAGGUGCCUUCGACCGUGCCUUCCGCCGUGCCUUCCGCCGUGCCUUCGGCCGUGCCUUCGAGCGUGCCUUGUGGUGAGGACGCCUACGUCCAAGCAGGUUUCCAAUACCCCGUGCGGAGUGGGAGGGUUCCUCUGCCACCACACGCCGCCCCUGAAAUGCCUGAUGUGAGAACCUACGGCUGUCAUGACAGCGCGGCCCGGCCUGGGCAAUCGCACGCCCUAGAGGCCCUAGAGCACAGCAGAUUGCCAGAUCUUCCCCCCUUGUCCUCGGGUGCGCCUGAAGCGAAGCCCGACAUCCCAAAAAGCUUGGCCAGCGAGUGUCCAUCCGCCGUGCGGGCCAGAAGCGCUCCCCCGAGGUGCUGCUUCCUAGAGCCGCAGGUGAAGGCCAAGAAGAGGACCUACCGCUCUGGAAAGCGGAUCCGGGCAAAACGCACCCGAGCCGCCCUGCGGGCCCUUCAGGGCCAGGAGCCUUUGUCCAAGGAUGCCGAGGCUGGAGCAGCUGAGGCCGAGGAGGCUGAGGUGGAGCCGAGGCGCCGCGCCGGCAGUGCCCCCGCAGCCUGCCGGAGCUUGGAGCUCUUCGUGGAUUCGGCCAGCUCUCUAGACAAGGGCUACAAGCCCAGGAGACGGGCUGGCAAGAAGGUCCGGCAGCGCAUGGAGCAUGCUAUUGCGCGCAGAAAGGAACAGGCCCUCAUGGCCGAAGCAGCUGAGAUCUGCAGAAUGGUUUCGGAUGACGAGCCAGAGCCCAAUGAAGCUCCGGAGAAGCUGAGGCCAGCUGCAAAGGUCUUGCACAGACCAUCUCAGGUGGCCACCUGUCAGAAGCGGGCGGACUCGCCUACUUCCACGGUGUCAACGUGUACCACUGCUGCGGCGACUGCCAGUACCAUCACGACCUCCACGGGUUCGGAACGAGUCGUCACCCGUCGGUCGUUCUACUCCCGCAAGCUCCUUGAUACCCCGGCCUUGCCAACCAUGCAAGAAGGACGAAGGGUGUCCACCCCGGAGCCAGAUUGCGCACUGUCCAGGGUGCACACAGCGCAUCCGCCUCGCGCGCAGCGCAGGAGCUCCCGCACUCGAGGAGCACAGAGGUCGCCGGAGCCGGAGCUUCGAGGAGCUUCAGAGCAGAUCAUUGGCCAGCGGGUCCUCCUCACUGGCCUGGUCCAUGCGCCGCACUUCAAUGGGCACUGGGGCCACGUUGAUGGCUUCGACGCAGAGCAGCAGCGCUACAUUGUACGAGUCUUCUUGGGCGCGCAGGGGACGCCGCCCACAAUCGCGAAACUACGCCGCGAAUGUUUCAUUGUGCCGAAGGGUCCCGGCCUGGAGGAGAGGCAACGACAGUUUGCACGUUGCGUCUUAUCGCAGAGGACCUGUGAGACGGUGGCAGAGUCUUGA